AUGAGGUUCUUCGCCCUGUUCCUGUCUCUGGCCGCCGUGCUCUCGUGCGCCGCGGCCCAAGGCGAUGCCACGGCCGCCGUGGCUGCGCUGCCGGCCUGCGCGCAAUCAUGUCUCUUCACGGCCGUCCUCAGCUCCCCCUGCGCGCCGACCAACCAGACGUGUAUCUGCACCAACGCUCCUUUGCAGGCCGAAGUUGAAGCUUGUGUCAUGCAGAACUGCACCCUCAGGAAUGCCCUUACAACCAAGAACGUCACGCUGACGACGUGCGGCGCGACGCCGAGGGACCGCACGACCAUGUACAACACCAUCUCCAUCACCAUGGGCACCCUCUCGGGCGUCUUCGUCAUCAUCCGCCUCGUCCACAAGGUCCUCGCGACCCUCGGCGACCUCGGCAUGGACGACUGGUUCAUCCUCAUCACCCUCGGCGCCGGCAUCCCCGGCACCGUCAUCAACACCCACGGCUUCGCCGCCAACGGCCUCGGCAAGGACAUCUGGACCGUCGCCUUUGACAAGAUCACCAGCUUCGGCUACUGGUUCUUCGUCAUGGAGCCCAUGUACUUCGGCCAGGUCACCCUGCUCAAGAUGUCGCUGCUCUUCUUCUACCUGCGCAUCUUCUCCCACAACCGCACCAUGAAGAGGCUCAUCUGGGGCACCAUCGCCUUCAACGCCGUCUUCGGCACCACCUUCAUCUUCGUCGCCGUCUUCCAGUGCACCCCGAUCAGCUUCUACUGGACCAAGUGGGAUCUCGAGCACCAGGGGACCUGCCUCGACAUCAACGCCAUCGCCUGGGCCAACGCCGGCAUCAGCAUCGUCUUGGACUUUUGGAUGCUCGGCCUCCCGCUGUCCCAGAUCAAGAGCCUGAACCUCCACUGGAAAAAGAAGAUUGGCGUUGCCAUGAUGUUCUUCGUCGGAACCUUCGUUACCGUCGUCAGCAUCCUCCGCCUGCAGUCCCUCGUCCAGUUCGCAAAGUCCCAGAACCCGACCUGGGACCAGUUCGACGUGGCCCUCUGGUCCACCGUCGAGAUCAACGUCGGCAUCAUCUGCGCCUGCAUGCCCUCGAUCCGCGUCAUCCUCGUCGGCUUCUUCCCCAAGCUCCUCGGCACCACCCGCCGCGGCACCUCCAACGCCGCCCGCUACUACAUCCAGUCGAGCGGCAACGGCCGCAGCCGGAACCGCACCCUCGGCAACGAGGCCAAGAUCCGGACCGUCGACCGCGACUCGGCCUCCUCGAGCGCCGGCGAAGGCGGGCCGACCGGCAUCAUCUACACCAAGGAAUACACCGUCGACUUCCACGACGAGGCCAGUCUGGUACACAUGCGGGAGCUGGAGCCCGGGAGCUCAAAGACUGGGCGGGGCGGCUCUCCGUUCUGA